GAAGUUGCAGUACUGAUAUGUAAGUAUGUACGAUAGUUUUGUUGAACGACUUAUGCAAAUAUGAUUUUAUAUUUAUAUUAUGAAACGAAGAAAGAUAGUUAAUUUAUAAAUAUGAUAUAUUUAUAAUUAUACAAUCAAUUUUUUGGUGAUAAGAUUUAGAUCGAUUAUUGAAGACAUCAUUUAAUUUCUAUGUAUAUAACCUUGUUCCUUGUCAAUACGUGAUAAUAGCCUAAAGUGAAUAGAUUUUUCUUAAUAAGACGGCAUGUUUGUAAGAAUCUGGUUGCGAAUUCUCACGGGGGAUGAAUGAGGAAGAAUUAUUAAAGCGGUCUGCUGCAGAGCGAGAUAGAAUAUUUAGCUGCUACGACCGUGGUAGAGAAAAUGGAGCAGAAAUUGACCCUUGGGAAGAUCCUACUUUUGAAGUAUAUCAUACCACAGACAGAUAUGGAUUCAUACAUGAUAAACGUUUACCACAAAAACCAGAUCCUAAUGAAAUUAAGACUCAUCGGGUAGAAAUGGAAAGAUUAAAAAAAUGGGAAAAGAUGACGAAACAAUGGGAUAGUUCAUCAACUAAGGAAAAAUUACGACGCAGAAUAUAUAAAGGGAUUCCUAAUAGAUUUCGUGGUCAAGUGUGGGCAUUGUUAUUGGGUAUUAAAAAUUUAAAAAAAGAACAAGCUGGUAAAUAUGAAGAGAUGUUACAACUUGCACGUCAAUGGUCUACAGAAAUAAGACAAAUCGAUGCUGAUGUAGCUAGACAAUAUAGAGAUCAUAUCAAUUAUAGUAUGUACAAUAUGGAAGUGGGUUAUUGCCAAGGGAUGUCGGUAUUAGCUGGAUUACUUUUACUAUAUAUGGAUGAAGAAGAUGCAUUUUGGGGUCUUUCUGUUUUACUUGCUGAUAAGAAAUAUACCAUGCAUGGAUUUUAUGUAGAUGGAUUUCCAAAAUUAAAUCGUUUCAUAGAACAUCAUGAUAAAAUUAUGAAUAAAUUUUUGCCGAAAUUGAAGCGGAAACUUGAUAAAUGCGGUUGUGAUUCUAUUCUUUAUGCAUUAAAAUGGUUUUUCGUUGUUUUUCAAGAAAGGACACCUGUUAGUCUUGGUCUUCGAAUUUGGGAUAUAUUUUUAUUAGAUGGAGAUCGUAUUUUACCUGCUAUGGCAUACACAGUUAUGAAAAUGCACAAACGUUUUCUUAUGCCAAUGGAAAGUUUAGAUGAAUUUUGUAAUUAUUUGCAAAUUAAAUUAGAAAAAGAUUUCUGUUUUGAUGAUGAUACAGUAAUAAAUACUAUGGAACGUAGUAUGGAAGAAUUAAAACGUGCCAAGUUGGAUUAUCCAGGUCCUCCAUUACUGCAUGAAUUACCACGAUAUCCAUUUGGUACUUUUAAAGAACCUUCAUUUGCAAGCAAAGUUGGAAGACGUACCGAAGAAUUUAGCGAAGCACAACAUGUAAUGCGAGAAUCUAUAACACAGCGUAGAGAUCUUGUUCUUGCUGAAGAUGGUAGAGAAAGUACAACACCAGUUGAACAAACUAGUUGUGGUCUUGGCGGAAGCAAAUUCUCAUUUGAUCCGAGUCUUGACGAUGGGGCCUCUCCCAAUGGUUCACGCCGAUCAUUAGCAGAUACAUCUGUUACUUCAACAGCUGACCUUUCUGUAUUUAGUUCGGCAACGCGGUCUCAAGCUUUAGACAAUAGUCUUGAUACUCAAAGUAAUAUUUCUAAUGGCAGCUCUGGUAGUGGUGGUUUACCCACACCUAAGGCAACGCCUCAUCAACCAAGUCCAGAUGUUGUACGAAUUUAUGUACCAUAUACUUCACCUAUAUCUGGUUCGUACAAAGAUGAUCUUCCACGUACACUUCCGCGAUCUUUAGAAACUAAUAGAAUUCGUAUACGAGUUGAUCCUGAUCAAACACCAAUAGUGGAAAAUUUGAAACCUUUUUCAUUAGAAAGUCCAGAAGUCAAAUUAGACUUAAAAUAAUUAUCCUAUUUGUUCAAUAGUUUUAGUAUUUCAUUAUGCAGAAAUCAAUUCAUGACAUUGGAAUAAGUAUUAAAGAAAGAUUUAGAUAAACAAAAUUUUAUUAUUUGUUUUAUCUAUAUCUAUAUUGUAAUAUAUAUAGAAAGGUGAUAUUCAAAGCAGUAAUUAUGAUAGGAACGAAAAAUGAAUAUUAAAUGUGCAUAUGAAUGUGCAUAGUAUGUAUAAUUAUUUUUUUGCUAAAGUAGCUAAUCGAAAUAUCAACGUAAAUUUAACGUUCUCUCAAAUAGAAAUCUGUGUAUGUUACAUGCACUAAUUAUGAAUAUAAUUGUAAUUGUCAUUUAUCUUAAAUGAAACUUAUUACAGUCUUGUGAUGGCCUAAUUUAUAGUUAAACAAAAAUAAUUUGAAAUGUAUAAUAGAAAAUUGUCACUUUCAAUAUAUUAUAUAUUAUUCUUAAUCGAAUGAUCAACGAUAUUUUAAAUAAUGAAAUUAUAUCUAUAACUUGUCAAAUAAUUCUAAAAAUAAUUAUAUAAUGUUUAUAGUAAGUCAAAUUAUGUUUCAAAGAAUGAUGAUGGAACUUUAUGCAAAAUGAAAACGGAUUAUAUACUAAAAUUAUUUAUAAUAUUUAGAAGAUAUCUAAAAAGAAAUUUCAAACUAUUAUAUGAAUAUUAAUACAAAUAUAAGAUAUGAUAAUAUUAUGAAUAGAUAAUAAUAUUAUGAGUAUAAAACAUUAAGCAUAAUAUACAGAUAAUUUUUAAAGUAUAGAUUCUGUUUUUAAAUUUCUCUCUCUCUCUCUGAAUUUAAGAAUUUAAAAACAGGAUAUACAAGAUAUUUUGGGAUAUAUUAAAAAAUUGGCCAUUAUAUAUAUAUAUAUAAAAAUGAAAAAUGAGUAAAUUUUCCAUAGUAAAUAUAAUUUUAAAAAAUCGAUAUUUUUAUUAUCAUGAACAUAUAAAAUCCUUUAAAAAUAAUUAUUUAUAUUUUCAGUAUUGUAUAUUUCUCUGAAAAUUUUUAUAAUUAUUAUCUAUAUUAUCAAAAAUAUCAUAAAGUUCCAUACUCUAAAAAUAUUUAACAAAUAAAUAAUUUUGCAUUAUAGAUAUCCUUUGUAAUCCAAAUAUAGAAAAAAAAUUUUCAUUAAUAGAAGUUAAUUCUUUCAGUAAUCACAGAUAAAUUAAUAUAAAAAUAUAUAUUGCUUUAGAAUUAUAUUUUUACAAUUAUUAUUUGAUCAUAUAUCAAAAUAUUUGAUAUUGAUUUUAUAUAAAAUCAAUUAACAUUAUCAAAUAUUAUUGAUAAAUUACAAUUUUUAUAUUAUUUAUUCUAAAGCAUUUAAUAUAUAUAAUUUAGAUUAUUGUUAAUUAUUUACUUUGGGAACAAUUAUAAAUUUAUAACAUGUAAUUUAUAUUAUUUCAGCAUUAAUAUAUAAAUGAAAAAUUUAAUUGAUAAAUAAUCAUAUCUUCUAAAAGUUAUAUUUUAUUAAUAUAUUAAGUUAACUAAUAUACUGCCACAAAAUAUAUUAGUAUUUUAUUUAUUUUAAGUUUUGCUUUUUUUUAUAUUGAUCAAUGAUAUAUGUUAGUGUAUAUACAUAGUAUUUAAAAAAGAAAGGGAAUCUUUCAUUAUAUAAUAUUUGAAAGAGAUUCCUGAAAGAAAUACUUACAAGAUAUUUAUCAGAAUCUUUUAUCAAGGAAUGUGAAUACUGAACAAUCUUCUAAUAUGCAGUAUAUUUAUUAUUUAAAUGUACAAAGAUAUAUUUUAGAUUAAAGUAAUUACAAUGGAAACAUGCUUUAUAUUUAAUUGGUUCUGUAAAACAUUCCUAGACAGUAUUCCUCAAUGUAUAUAAAAUACGAAAUUAAUAUAUAUUAUUGUCGUGAUAAUAAAAAAGUUGAUAGUAAUCACUUGUUAUAUCUAAUAGCAUAAGGUCAUAUUUGUUAAAUAAAUAUUAAAUGUUAAUGGUUUGAAUCUUUAUUGUAAAGAAGAUCAACCAAAUGAUGUACAGUUAUAGUAUUAUUUUCUUUUAGUUGCAUGACAUUAUAUUAUAUAAAUUUUCAAGCAAUUAAGAUAAAAUAAAAUGAUUAUCUUAUAUAUAAAAUAUUUAAAGAUGGAAUUGUAUAGAUGCAAAAAAUUUAAUGAUAAAUAAAACAAGAAAAAAAGAAAAAUAUAAUGAUGCAUUUCUUUAACUUGCAUUAAAAUUUAAUUUUUUGUCAAGAUUUAUUAAUAAUAUAUAAUAAUUAUUCUAAAUAUAAAUUUAAUAAUUUUUCUUAAUAUAAAUUGUCAUGCAAAUAUACAGAUAUUUUUAAUAUUAAUUUAAAAGUAAAUGAUAUGAAUGUUUGCAGAUCAAAAAAUGUCAUAAUUUUUUUUAUUAUUUAUAAUAUUAAUAAUGCAAGGUAUAAAAUUAAAUUGUAUAAAUAAAUAUUUUGUUUUAAUUUUUGCUAUAAAGAUUUUGAAUAUAUCGAAUAUAUCGAAUAUAUUUUAAAAUUUAUAAAUUAAUUUUUGGAAAUUUAUUUUUUUAUGAUUCUGUAAAUUAUUUUAAAAUAUUUUAGAUAUGAAUCUCAUUUUAAUACUCAAUUAGAUUUAUAUAUCAGAAAAUAAUGAAAUAGGAUAUUAUUUUGUAUUCAUAAAUAAAAAUAUAAAUAAAAAUAAGUUUAAACCAAAAAUAACAUUUAAUAUAAAAGGAUUAAAGUAAAAAAUUAUAAUAAAGAUUUUAUAAUAUUUAAAUAAGAAUAUAUGCAAAGUAUUAAGGUCAAUAAUUAAUGUUUCUUUUAUUCUAAAAAAUAAUACAUAUUUUGUAAAAUGAAUCAUAAUAAAUAAUUUCUUUAAUUAUAAUUUUAAUAAAAUAAAUCUUUUUAUUAAUAAAAUAAAAUAAAGUAGCUUUAAAUAUAUUCAAAUUUUUACAGUACAUUUAUUUAAGUUGUAGAAUUUAAAAAAUAAAGAUACAUAUUAAAAAAAUGUAUUUGUGAUUUUGUUCAAUAUUCACAUUCAUAUCAUCGCACCAUAUAAGUAAAUUAAAGUUCAAAUAUAAUAUUUAAUGAAACAUAUUUAGAAUUGAAUUUCAAGUCGAUAUUUUUUUUAUACAAAAAUAGAAAUGAUAUAUAUCUAAUAGGCUACAGUAUAAUUAUAGAAUAUUUAGAAAGAUAAAUUUAAUAAUACAAUACUUGUGUAAAUUUAUUGAUGCCUGAUAGCCUGUUGUACUUUGAUUUAAAUGAUCAAAAUAAUAAAUAAUAAGAAUCGAAUUAAGUAUGAUUUAUUUUGAAGAAUUUUACUUUGUAUCAUUUGUGAUUUUCAAAUUUUUGUUAAUAAAUGUAUAAAAAUUCUUUUAACAAAAA